GGUCGCCGCCGAAGUGUUUACAUUCAUCACAGUUUAUUGUUUCUCUGUUUCAAAGUCGAAUUUAUCAAAGUUUUUGAGCGAGUAUUUGACUGGAAAGUGUGUCGGAGUCGACUGGAAGUGAUUGCCAAUCGAGAAAACCUGACAAUGGAGGCGACAGUGAAGAAAAAGGGAGGAAAAACACACGGGAAGCGAUGCAUUGCCGCUGGCUGUAGUAAUGUCAAGUCUGCCGAAGUGGCGAUGUUUCUGUUCCCAAAAGAUGAAGAUCUGUCAAAGGCAUGGGCAAAGCAAACAGAGAACCAGGAAGGACUGGGAGCCUACCAAAUACAGUGUUCUGUGCAGUGAACACUUCACAAGGGACUCCUUUGAUGAAAGUGCUCUACUACGAGCGCAGAUGGGCAUUGCGACAAAGAGGACCUUGAUCCUGAAGAAGGGAGCAAUUCCAACUGUUUUCCCCAGAGUUGGGACUUCAGCUGUGGGACAACUUUCAACAUCAACAUCAAGACCGGCUCGAUCUGCAUUUGCAAUGAGAGAGAGAAAGCGGAAAGUAGAAGAACUCCUGGCAGAAUCAGAAGUGGAGAGUAGCAGUUUUGCUUCCACAGAGGAAUCAAUGGAGAUGGCAUUGGCCACUGACACAGACAUGGCACCGGAACAGGAACGACAGAGUCAAGAUCAGGCCUGCCAGACAGACUGGACUCCAACAGCUACUGUCAGCAUCAAGACACAGACUGGGAAACAACUCACAAAAACAAAGACACAGUCAAAGGCAUGCCAGGUGACGCCCGAGAUGCUGACUGCAAGUCUACCAGUACCAGGGAGGCAGAGAAAGCUGAAAGUCCAUGGCACCAGAGACCCAGCUACACCUGACCAGCCACCACAGGCUGCCUCUAGCACACGAGACAUCCUGCAGCCUGCAAUACAGGGUGUAUGGACCACCUAA